AGCAGCACAGCGGCCAGGACGCACAGCCCCAGUCUGCUGUGGACGAACAUGAGCCGCCCCACGUCGUCACACUGAAGUUAUGACUUGAAUAUGGCCGAUAAGGGGCCGUUUUUAACCUCAUGUAUUAUUUUCUACCUGUCGAUCGGGGCCGCAAUAUUCCAGAUUCUCGAAGAACCAAACUGGAUAUCGGCCAAAGACAGAUAUAUCCUGCAGAAAGAAGACGUUCUAAAGAAGUAUACCUGCUUGACUAAAGAAGCUCUGGAUGAGAUUUUGGAGAUCGUGUCGGAGGCUGCAGGUCAAGGUGUGACCAUCACUGGCGAGAAACAUCGAAACACGUGGGACUGGGUCAACUCGGUCGUUUUCGCUGCCACCAUUGUCACCACCAUAGGUUAUGGCAAUGUCGCGCCCAAGACUAAAGGUGGUCGUGUGUUCUGCAUCCUGUAUGGUCUGUGUGGGAUCCCCCUAUGUCUGGUAUGGAUAAGCGAGCUGGGUUCGUUCUUUGGAGACAGAGCCAAGCGUCUGUCGCAGGUUCUGAUCCGUAAAGGCGUUUCAGUGAAAAAGGUCCAGUUAACCUGUACGGCCUUGUUCCUGUUAUGGGGGCUGCUGGUGCACCUGGUGAUCCCUCCAUUUGUUUUCAUGUCUAUGGAAGGAUGGAGCUACCUGGAAGGCAUCUACUUCUCUUUCAUCACUCUCACAACGGUUGGUUUUGGAGAUUAUGUGGCAGGCGUAAAUCCAAACAUAGAGUACCCUAGACUGUACAGAACAUUUGCAGAGAUAUGGAUCUACAUGGGCCUGGCCUGGCUGUCUCUGUUCUUCAGCUGGAACGUCAACAUGGUGGUGAAAGCUCACAAGAAGCUAAAGCAAAGACGACACAGGUACCGAAACUUGGAUGACGAGGAGCCCCAGCUAGAAGGGGAAAAGCAAAACCCAGGCGUAAAGCGGUCUGUCAUCGACAUCUUCAACUUCCUGUCUGAGAAGGAGGAGGACUACAGCACCGUCAUCAACGAUAUUGGACUCGGAGCAAAAAGAAGGAACCCUGAAGAUAAAGUAAACCGCUCUAAGAGCUGCAGCGACAUCUUGGCCAUCCAGACUCUGGAUCACUCACCGAGUCACAAACACAUGAUCAGUAUCAGUCAGGUGUUCAUGGACGCUAAGGUUGAUCCUCCACAAGAGAACAACAGAGACAGUGAACCUCCAGAAUGUGCCAGGACGUCAGGUAGCGUGGAGAACAAGGACAGUUGUGCAUUUGAACCAGAACAUGAUGGUAUCAUCUUCACUGUACCUGACAAAGAUGCUGCAGAAGAACAAACUGCACAGCAGGCUGGUGGAGGGGAGAGUAGGUUCAAAAUAUCCAAAGUAAAUGAAGAUUUGGUUUUGGACAAAGAUGAAAAAGGGUAAAACAACACUGUUGUGUAUCAAGGCGACAAACUGCAUCAGUGCAAUUCAAGCCUGGACUGUUUAACAGUCUCCUGCUUUACAACAGCAUGAUUUCAUGCAACUUUUCGAUUUUUACCUGCGCACAGUGAGACAGUUUCUUCUUCGAGCAAACACUGAAUAAAGAUUGUUUUUAUUUAUUUUUAGAUCCCAUAUCCAUCAAGAUCUUUCUAUACAACAUUUCUAUUAGCGACCAGAACACUUCAAAUCCCAGCACACAGCUUUACAGAGUCAAUAUGCAACUUUCUCUCAUCGGGAACUGCUACAGUGGAGGCAAUUAUCACACGGUCGUGAUCAGCGUACUCCUGAUUUGCCAUUGGCUGCUCUGAGCAUAUGUACUUGAUCGGGAUGACUCAGAGGUAAAAAAAAACAACAUAAUAAACAAUAAUGCAUCAUUUUGAAAUGAAGAAAAGUAACCUCAGAGCCAGGUGGAUCUUCAGGGUCAGCUACACAUUACAGUCUUUGAAUUAAUUAUUUAGGAACCAUCAGGUGUAAUGCUUAAUUUUCAGAUUUUCACUAUUAGAUACAUUUUCAUUCAUUUAUUGAGGAGUGAUUAUUUUGUGAACAGACCCUUUCUUCAUUGUUCUAUAGAUGAAAUGCUCCACAUUAUUAGUCUUCCAUUACAUCUGUGUUAAAACUUUGUCAUGUCAAGAGCUGAAAGAGCCGGGGUGCAGCUUUCCUCAGAUAUGCAUCUCGACUGGCAUUUGCUCUGUGUGCAGCAGAUCUGAAAUGUAAAUUUCCCUGCAGUUUCAACACAGGAUGAAGGAAUCGC